AUGGAAACAGAACGCAGCCAAACAGGCCAAGGGAGUGAGACGGUGGAAGGAACAGAGAGCAGAACACAGCUGCAACGACACCAAAGCCAGGUGCUGAAAUUGAGAGGAGAUGAGCCAAAACAGCGGGAACAGCGGGAACGAGGCGGAGGAGUGAGGUGGGAACAAGGCACAGUAGAUAAUGAGCAUAUGGGGAAGAAAAAGUCAAAGAUCUGCUGCAUCUACCACAAGCCAAAGAGAUUUGAUGAGUCGUCGGACGAGUCAGAUUGCAGUGACAACGAGCACCGUCACGCUAGCAACUGCAAUCUCAACAAAUACGAUAAUCCUAGCCAUACAAGCCAUCGACACGGAGCAUCUAAGGACAAGGAUACCGCCUGA